GGAACAGGAACAAAAUCCGUCGUCAGCCUAUCAAUUACCUUUGCCUGUGGCUUUUUCACAGCUUGAAUUCCCCCCCCCCCGUCUACGAACGCGACUGAAUUACCAUAUGCGGGACGCGCCACCUCGAACAGUUUCUAAAGGCUUUAGGCUCAGAUCAAACAGAUCGAUAUGUCUUCUGAGGCCUUGGCGAGGCGCUUUACCGACCUUCAAGACCGUCUCACCGUCUUACAGGACGCGACAAACCAGCUCAAGGAGCUAAUCGACCGCCUGGCAAAUUUCCACUUCCAACCGGGAUCUGUGCCGCUCGAUAGUGCUGAGGAUGACCACGUCGGUACCGAGCUCAGCCUCGAGAUUAACCAGGUGCUCAGGGAGCAGGAGGAGGAGUUGGAACUGCUCCAGGAGGAGAUAAUAGACAUCCCGCCUAAUCGGUCCGGCGGCGAGCUGGCGCACGAUAGGGAUCGCCUGACGGACGGCGCCAAUCGACUUGGGCUCGAAUUGCAAGGGUGCCGAAAAGCCUUACGACGAGCCCAAAUUUCGGCGAAACGUAACUUAGAGCUCGCACAGCGGCGCGAGCGCGAGCUGCUGUAUGCUUCGUUCUCCCGCAAUCCCCGGGCGUCGGGUACGUCCUCCCGGGCUGCGACGCCGGAAGCCGGCCCGCAGCCGGCGCCGCCGGGUCGGCGCAAACCGGGGGCGGGUCGGGCCCCACGCUCCAAGGAGGAGCAGAUGCUCAACGCCAGCAGCGACGUGACGGAGUCGUUGCGACGCACGCAUGACAUGAUGGCGGCCGAGCUGUCCAAGAGUGACUUCGCGCACGCUGCUCUGCGCGAGUCGACCGCCGCCCUGUCUCAGCUAUCCGACAACUACUCGCGCCUUGAAACCAUGCUGUCUAGCUCGCGCGCGCUCCUCGGCACCCUGCUGAGGAGCCAGAAGACCGACACUUGGUACCUGCAGUCGGCCUUCUACUUGCUUGUCGUGACCGUCGCCUGGCUCAUAUUCCGUCGGCUUCUCUGGGGCCCGACUUGGUGGCUCGUCUGGCUGCCGCUCAAGCUGCUCUUCCGAGGUGCCUUAUUCGGCGUGACGAGCACGGCUAGCAUCGCGCAACGGGGGUCGUCGCAGGGUGUGGAUACAAGUGCGAGUCAGACACCAGGCUCGGAGUCGGUAGCAGUGUACGCUACCACGACGGCGCGAGGGGCGCAGCUGGAUGGCGAAGGGGCUCCAACCGUGCAGGUCAACUUUCGGUCAGAGCCACUGAGGGAAUCCCCCGGCUCGGAGUCCAUGGUGGAGCAUGUUGGAAAGGUAAUCGACGAGGCGGCGGAGGAGCCUCACGAGGGGGGAGCAGGGGAGGAUGAGAAGGCUGAGAGCGACAGACAAGGGCCGGCAGAGCGGGAAGGGGAGCAGGGGACCGUGCUGAGGGAACGCCGUGGCGACGAGCCCCCCAAUCCGAAGAAACGGGUGAUGGAGGAUGACCCCGGUAGCACCGGGCGAGAGAGCGACGACAGCAGCAGCAGCAGCAGCGAGAGGCGUAGGGAUGAGCUGUAAGAUUGGGAAACGAGGACUAGCAUUCUAGCUAGUGUACCUGUCUCUUUUUCGACCGCCCUUUAUCCCCGUGUGUACUGAGUAGGGUAAGGGUGUGAGGGGGGUGAUUGGUAGUUUUUAACACACGUAAUCGCUGUAUUUGUAUCAUCGUCAGAAGAACACCACCUAGUGUUGUUCUAUCUAGAAGGAGACGUAUUAAAAAGGAGAGAGCUCUAAGAUGAGGCAGUUGACAUACCUGUAGAUAGGUACAUAAUUGGGUACAUAACCCACAGGGUUAGGGGUGAUGUGACGUAAAGUGGAGGCAAGGACUGGUCAGACUGGAACGAGAUAAUACCCGGCAGCCGCAUAUCAGAUAUUCCGUCCGUUUCGACAGGUAUAUUAAAAUCCGCC